ACCUUUUUUUAUUUCUUUUUUUUCUAUUUCACACCACUUUUUUUCCUACAUAUAUAUAUAUAUAUUUUUUCAUUUAACUAGGCUUUAUAUCAUUCAUUAAUUCAAACAUGGCCAACACCACGUCGACAGAGGAGGAACCCCUUCCCAGAAUGAACGCCGGCACGCAGAUGUUCCAAGACCUGGACUCCAACGUUUCGGCAACGGAGAUUGAAAGCCUCUGCAUGCGCUGCGAAGAAAACGGCUCAACCAAGAUCAUGCUCACUCGCAUCCCGCACUUCAAGUCCAUCAUUAUUCUCUCCUUUGAGUGCCCGCACUGUGGAUUCAAGAACAACGAGGUGCAAAGCGGCGAGUCCAUCCAGGAGAAGGGCCAGCGGUACGAGCUCCGGUGCACCACCAGGGUGGAUCUGAGCAGGCAGAUUGUGCGCAACAGCACGUCGUCGGUGGCCAUCCCGGAGCUGGAGUUCUCGGCGCCGCCAGCAACCAACUCAAUGAUGACCACUGUGGAGGGGCUUAUUUCGCGCAUCAUGGAGGAUUUGGAGAUGGACCAGGCGCAGCGCAAAGAUAUUAUUCCGGAGGUCUAUGAGGCCGUGGAGAAGCUGCUGGCAGGCAUGCGGGGGGCGCUGGAGCUGCCCGAAGAGGAGGAGGCCGGGCGCGCAUUCACACUGGUCCUGGAUGACCCGUCGGGCAACUCGUACGUGGAGAACCUGUGCGCGCCGCUCACUGAUCCGAAACUCAAGGUGCAUUACUACCGGCGGACGCGCGAGCAGAUGAUCCAGAUGGGCAUGAUCAACCCGGACACGGAGGAUACCGACCAGAUGGCCGAGCAGGCCAAGGCGCAGCUCAACAUGCGCGAGGAGAUGAAGGCAGCAGAGACUAUCAUGCGCGUGGCCAAGGAGGCGUCUGAGAGCAAUGAGAUUCUGACCUUCCCGGCCAACUGCUCCGGCUGCAACCUGCCGUGCGACACGCGCAUGCAGAUGGUCGACAUCCCUCACUUCCAACAGGUCAUUAUCAUGUCGACAACAUGUGACCAGUGUGGGUACAAGUCCAACGAGGUCAAGUGCGGUGGUUCCAUUAGCGAAAAGGGCAAGCGCAUCACGCUGCGCAUCGAGGACAAGGAUGACCUGUCCCGGGAUAUUCUCAAGUCAGAGACCAGCUCGUUCUGCAUCCCCGAACUUGACCUCGACAUGGUUGCUGGCACCCUGGGCGGCCGCUUCACCACUAUCGAGGGCCUGCUGCGUCAGGUGCACGAUGAGUUGAACCUCAGGAUUCCGUUCAUCGACGGUGACUCGGCUAUGGAGGAGCGCAGGAAUAAGUUCAAGUCCUUCUUGGACAAGCUUGAGAGUGCCGCUGACGGCAAGCUCUUCCCGUUGCAUAUCACCGUCGACGAUCCCAUGGCGCACUCGUACAUCCAAAACAUCUACGCACCUGAUGUCGACCCCAACAUGACCACCGAGGUCUACGAGCGCACGUUUGACCAGAACGAGGAGCUGGGCCUCAACGACAUCAACGUUGAGGACUACAAGGAGGACAAGCAGGAUCAGCCGACGGAGGAGUAAGACUGCUUGUUUUAUUUUGGCAUAAAUUUUGGUUGCAAAUUAAAAAUAGACUUUAU